ACGAGGCCGGAAAGGAUACACGCGCAUGUCCAAAAGGAAUUCCCUCACCAUGGCUGACGUGGAAUUCCUCACUGAUCAAGAAGUAGAUAUACCUCUGGAAGGAGACAUAACAGUGCCAGGAAUCGCCAAGUCAGAUGAUGAGUUAUCUACCUUGGAUGAACCUGUCAAGGAGACCAUUAAAAGGGACCUAACUGCUGUAGGGAAGAAGUUCUUCCAUGUGCUGUAUCCAAGGACAAGUUUUGUGCUGCUGAAAGAAUGGGAUCUGUGGGGACCGCUCAUCCUCUGCGUCUUCAUGGCCAUGAUGCUGCAGGGAGACGAGAAGGUGGACAGCAUGCUGGAUGGUAGUCCUCAGUUUGCAGAGGUGUUCGUCAUCUACUGGGCUGGCGCCUUUGUCGUCACCCUCAACACAAAACUCCUCGGCGGCAACAUCUCCUUCUUCCAGAGUGUCUGUGUGUUAGGUUACUGUGUGCUGCCGCUGUGCAUCUCCCUCAUCGUGUGUCGGAUUAUCCUGGUGUUUGGUUCCUCGUCAACAGGACUUUUCAUCACCCGCUUUAUUUUCGUCCUCUUGGGCUUUGGCUGGUCAACGUUUGCCUCCACAGCGUUCCUGGGGUCCACUCACCCUCCCAAGAGAACAGUCCUGGCCGUGUACCCUCUCUUCCUCUUCUACUUCAUCAUCAGCUGGCUCAUCAUCUCGCACAAAGUCUGAUAGGGGGCGCCACUCACGCUAUGCCGGAGUAUUUAUUCUGUGGGACUCAAGUGUGCUGUGUGUGGAAACUUUUGGGUGCAACUAUAUAUGCAUGUUUGUCUGUGAGUGCAUGAGUGGUUGUAUGAGUUCUGUUAAUAAUUUCAGGAUUGUUUGAGUACGAGAGAAUGAGAGAGAAGACAAUGCGAGUUGAUAUAUUGCUGUACAUAUGUACAGAAUGUUUCAAGUUUCUUUGUGUUAUAUUGCAGUUGAAGUAAACUUAGGCUCAGUAUUAUUCGUUACACUGCUAUACUAAGUCUAACAAAUACUAGUAGAAUGUCACGCCAGUUAACCUUUUGGAUUGACCAAUCAGCACACAGCUUACCAAAUCGCGAAAGUUAACAUUCACACAUACCGUUUAAACCUUUACCUAA